UUUUAGUUUGUCAAUCAAACAAAUACUUACAUGAUAAUCAAAAUAAAAUAACUUUCUAUCCUUGCUGCAAUCGUUGGAUUGUAUCCAGAUCUUAAGAAAUUCGUACAAAGUUCAUCACUAUUCCUUGCUAGGAAUUAUGUUUCGUUCUGCAUCUUGAAGAGACGGAGUUUUUUUAGCGCAUUAUCAUUCCCGUGCUUGAAAUUAUUUAUCGACCAGUGUAUCGUCUUGUAUACAAAUGUCUAACAUGUAUUAUUCACAUUCACAUGCCAACAAAUUAGAGUUUGCGUGAAACGCUGCCUGAAGGUAUGCAAACAUUUUCUAGUCCCUAGUGUAUCUAAUAUCAAAUCGCUAUUUUUUUAUUACUAUGUUACAAUACAUGUUAUCGCAAUAUUAUAGAUAUUAUAGAAUCGCUAUUACACGAUUUUUAUUAUUGUAAUUUUACUCAAAACGCGAAAUUAAAGUAUCAAUCACACAAUAAAUUUUUAACUUGAAAAUCACACUAUUCUGAGAAAAACAGUAAAUUUACGAAAUUACGAACUUGAACGAUCUUGUGAAAAUAGUACACAUAUAGUACGUAUAGUACAAAUUAGAUAUGAUUGCAUACCAUUUUAUUUAACGUUUGCAUCACUAAUGUUAUUGAUAGAUUUUACUAAUAAAUGAUCGAAUCGGCUUCUAGAUGAUUGAUCCCGCGCAAGCGCCGUUGCGAUCGAAUCAUCCUGUGGGAGAAAACAAAACUGGAUUUGACGGCGUGGCUUCAAUCAGUCGAGCUGUGACUUCACUCGUUGAAGGAUCCUUUUAGUACCCUCCAAGACUCUCGUGUAUAUCUUCGAUCGAAAUCUCGCAGGUUCGCGUCUAUCCGUUUCUCCAGAAUUUUUUGCGACGAGAAGAACGCGACGAGAGUGAUCGGCGCUGCUUAUCGAUACGAAGAUCGGGUCGAUGACAUUGAUCGAUAAACUACAAUCCGGGUGAAAUCGUGUAAGCAAGCUCUCUCGGACUCAAAGAUUUCCAAGUCUCAGAAAGAUCGAUGAACUUUAGAGUUCAAUUCUAUGAAGAGAGUUGCGAUUUUGUAAAUUUUCUAAAUUCAUAAUUUCUGCGAAUUCUCAGAUAUCCUUUGUUUUUUCUCUUUUCACAAUUUUUUUACAAUCUUUCUAUUCUCUUAAAAGAAAAAAAAGAUACACAAUUUCAUUUAUUGAAAUACGACUCCUAUCUCAAAAAUUGAAUUGAAAAAAUCGAUGCAUGAGCUUGGAGGAGAAAGGACACAUAAUUCCAAUCAAUACUCUCUAAAAGGAAUGACGACCGCAAGAAAGUGCAACAAUUGGAAUGAGCCAGUUGAUAAACAAUGAGGUUAAGCCAUCAUCGUUAUAUUGCGUUAUCGCUGUAACCAUUGCACUUUGUGCUAUUAAAAUAAGUUUGACACAAAGUCGAGUGAACAAACGACAGGUGAAAUUAAAUCCGUAAAUUGUGCUAAACGUGUCAUAAAAAUUGCCAUCAUGUUGACAAAUAACUCGCCAAACGAUAUUUUAUCGGUGUUUAAUGUAACGACGGUGAUACCCGAUGUAGUAACGAGUGUCGCGCCAAAGAGGCACGUGACUUUCGCUUCUCAGCUUGUACUGACCCUAGUCUACAUAACCGGCGUCAUCGGUAAUAUAUCUGCCCUGAUUAUCCUCUUUCACCGAGAUAAGGGGAGAAACCGUAAGCACCUGCUGAUGCUGCGUUGUCUAGCGACCAACGAUCUCAUGGCAUUGUUGGGGAUGUUGGUACAGAUGUAUGUCACGAUCUAUGUGGGUGGUAUAGCAUCCACCAGAGUAUUUUGUUCUCUGCGGGUUGUCUGGCGGCUUUUUGGCCUUUUCAGCGGCUGUGUCGCUAUCGUCAUGGCGGCGGAAAGAUGGUUGGCCUUGACUAGACCCUUUGUUUAUCAAAAGCAGGUGACGUAUCCGGUAAUUGUGCGUUGCAUGUUAGCACUUUGGUUAGUCGCUUUGGCGAUGACCAGUCUUCCGGUUAUGGGCUUCGGAUUGUACUACAAAGACGAACGAUGCGUCCGUUACAGGGAGGCCACCGAGCCGAGCGAUGUCGCUUACGCUUAUGUAUGGUUCACUUUCGGUACGUUGUUAUGUUUGUCCAUUGUCUGGUGCAAUUUGGCGGUAUCUAGAGCUUUGAGUAGAUUAGGUCAUCGCGCAGGUGCCCUUAGACGAAUCUCUAGGGCUUCGUCAAGAGCCAAACCCUUGCUGACCCUAGCUGGACCUCCAAAUCGACCUGAAGUCGUUGCUACGACUGAGGAGAGGGCAUUCGCGAGGCUCAUGGCUGUAUUAUCAAUAUCUUUUGUUAUUUGCUGGAUGCCACAUAUGAUUUCUAUUCCACUGGCACAGUUUGCGAUACAGCUACCUCAAACGGCGAUGGUUGCACGGAAAUUCAUCCGCAUUUUCCAUGUUAUAGCUGAUAUUCUUUUAUGCAUUCACUUCACCUUGGAUCCAUAUAUCUAUGUACUUUUGCGAAUGCCAAGGCCGAGGUUUCGGCUGUUGAAACCGCUCUGCAGAAUCUGUUGGCCGAAUCGAAGCCGCUCCAGUUCGUUCACAGGAACAAUGGAUCAUCAAUGUAGCAAUGGUGAUCCACCCACGCCGAUCACUGAAGCUCCAUCGACACCUGUCAGCGAAGAGCAUGAUUCGCAUUUGGUCACAGCAUCUCUCUGAGAUCAGCCUGCGCGAAUAAUCUUGCUGAAGCAAUUCACAAAUUACAACCUAACUCAGAUAUAAAUGUUUAGAUUGCUUCGAUGUUGGUAGACAUUCGCCUAAUUCUCGAUAUUCGAUCGAUUUACUUAUCGAAAACUCCAUUCAUUUGCGUAAGGCAAGUGACAUAGUGAUGUUGCUUUCUAUGCAAACAAUCAAUGCAAAAUUCUAUACAAAGAAUAGCUUGAUGUUUAGAUGGUUUACUCAAGAUGGUUUACAAAGAAGUAAAAGAACGUUAUAACUUGUAAAUAAAAAAUAAUCAUAUACUUUAAAUAUCUGCAUAAACUUCUAGUCAAUAAUAAGUAUAAAGACAAAUGAUGGAUUGAUAGAACAUACAGUCAACGUGGGCAAUCAAAAUGUAGACUGUAAAAUCAUAUCUGUGGAUAUUUAUGUCAAUCACGUCUAUUUAAAAUACUGACAAAGUUUAAAUGUGUUGCAUGAAAAACGCUCUAUAUUAAAAAACUAUAUAAAUUAUAUUAAGAAACUACUAUUUUCUCUAUAUAUUUGAUAUUAUAUUUUAUAUAUUACACACACACACACACACACACACACACACACACACAUAUUUAUUCCCCAAUGUACUAUUGCAAUGUAAAUCGUAGUAAAACAUAUUUGUAAACGACUUUAUUUUAAACGAACAUCGUUAUUUGUACAUAAUAUCAUACAUAUACAUAUGUUAAUAUCUCGUGUAUAUCGUGUAAUAUCGCGCAGAAUUUGUAUUUAACAAUUUUCGAAUAAACAUUAAUCCGAAAUUACCUAGAUCACGAUUUAUUUUCCGAUUUU